AUGUCUCGCUUGAGUUCUGGUGUUCCGUCGAGAACAACUCAAAUGACCUUGAAAGAACAAGAACGAAAUGUAGACAUAAAGAUUCAAAAUCAUGAUCUUAAAACUGAAUUAAAAGAAUACAAGAAAUUACUAUUAGAGUCCGAUAAAGCUAUACAAACUCUUCAACAAAAUGGUACUGGUUGUCUUUUACAGCAUGGUAUGUCACCGGCAGAAGAAGUUGCCUAUCAUAGAGCUAUUAAUCGGGCUGAAGAGCUUAGUCAGGAAAAUGAUCGCAUUCAACGCAAGCUCGCUGAACAACAAGGUGAAAUUAAACGCCUUCGUGAAUCAAUAAAGAUAACAAGACCUGAAAUUAAUUUUGACGAUGAAGCACCGCUGGAUUUACUUGAUUCAAGUACUGAACAUCAACAAUUAAAAGAAUUGAUAAAUCGUGACAACCGUCUGUCCGGUGAUCAAAAUACCAAGAUUGCAAUGUUGAAAGAGACGUUGCGUAAAGAAAGAGAUGAAAAACAUGCUAUUUCAAUUGAGUCUGAAGGACUUCGGCAGCAAAUACUUGAUCUUAAAAAUCAAAUGGUUGAAUCAAAUGUAGAGCUAAAGAGGUUGCAAGAAGUCACAAUGAAAAAUUCCCAUUUAUUAAGAAAAGGAGAGUUGGAAAGAGAUAAUGAAAUAAUUGAUGAUUGGGAUGUGAGCAGAAAAAUAAAUGAUGCUGCUGAUAAAGCAAGGCAAGAUGAAAUUGAAAAAUUAAAAGCGCAAAUUACCAAUCUUAACAAGCAGUUGGCUUCCCGGACAAAUGAAAAUGAUGAUUUAUAUUCUGAAUUAGAGAUGAUUAAAGGUCCCCUUAGUUCUACUUCGUCUUGUGGAGAUAUUUCUUCACGCUUCCUUAAUGGAGAAUUUAGUGAACAAUACGAAGAGAGUCUUGGUCAUUUACGUGAUAAAGUAGCAGAGCUGACACUUCAACUCCGUGAAAAAUCCAUGGAAGUUGAUCAACUGGUAGUAGAACUGGAGAGAAACACGUUGGCACAUUCUACUUCGGUUCAAGAUUUCGAAGAUGACAUGGACAGAAUGGAAUGUCAAUUCCAAGAGGAAAUUGCUUUGUUGAGAGAUAACGAUAUGCGUUAUGAAGAAUCGAAAGCUCAGAUAGAAAAUCAACAGCGCGAGAUACUGGAAUUGUCUCAAUCAACUGAAAAGUUAACUAGUAUGGAACAGGCUCUUAAUGACAAGGGUAUGGAAAUAACUGAACUUCAGUGUCAAUUAGAAAUUAAAAUGAAAAGGUUAGAAUCCGAUGAGAAAUUACAUGAGAGUGUUGUUUCGGACUUGAAAGAGGAAGUUCGAGACAAAAAUUCUACCAUUGACGAAUUAAAAGCACAAGUUGCUUAUCUCGAAAAUAAUAUUUCACAGGAGAAAAAGACUCAAUAUCGCGAUCAGAUUAUCGAACGUAACACGUUAUUAAUGACUACGUAUCAAUAUCUUGAUGAUAUACUUUCUGAUGGAACAAAUAAACAACUUUCAACUUUGCAAGAGCAGCUUGAAGAAUAUAAAGUAGCUAGUGCUCAUUCCGAAGAACUUGAAAUUAAACUCAGAACAACAGAAUCCAGAGUUAGAGAAUUAGAAUAUAGGGAAAAACAGGCAGAGGAAAGGCUCAAGGUUGAAAAACAAGGUGCCAAAGAAAAAGCUGAAUCUUUAAUUGAAAACAUUAAAGACAUUGAAGCUCAAUUGCAAGCCCAGAAUCGUAGGAAUUCUCAAUUGCAGGAAAUGAUUUCUAUGCAAAAAGCUUCAAUGGAGGAGCAGCUUCGUGAACAAUUGGAGGAAAAGAACAAAACAAUUGAAAAUGAGAGACGGAGAGUUAAAAAUUUGGAAGAUCAAAUGAUCAACCAACGCAAAGAUGUGUUAGAAAAUACAGCAUUGAAAAAUAUUACAGAGGAUAUGCAAAUUGCGCUUUCGCUUGAUCGAAAACCCUCUUAUCAACCUCCCGCUUAUAUUAAUCCACCUUGGAAACCAGCUGGCAAUAAUCUCAGCGUAGCCCAUCCUAAAAAAACCACG